CAUCAAGAAAAAAAUAAUUAUUGGGUCCCCCUCUCAACUCCCUCAACAUUUCAAAAUCAAUUUACAACCGCAAACAUAUAUUUCCAUCUAAUCCUCUGUUUUCGAUUUUCCCUCACUCUUUCUCUUCUUCCAUAACAAUAUAAAAAAAAAAAAAUCCUGCGUGUGUGUACAUUCGAUCAAUGCCAGGAACUAUACAAGUUUCAGUUCUGGGUCUUGUUGAUGUUCAGACAGCUUCUUCAACCACUUCCAUUAAAGUUGCUAUGGGGAAGAUAGAGUAUCGAACAUCGGAUUCAGGAGACUACAUUUUUCCAGUCACGAGGCUCCAGGAAAACUUGAUUGUUACAUUGUUAGAUGUCAAUGGUAACGGAAUAUUACACAAAGAGAUAGAGACCAGGAUGAUCAUAGAGAGUGGCUUCUUGGAAGAGAAACUUUCAUUCAAUGGCUAUGGAAACGUCCAGCUGAAAAUGCAGUUUGUUCUUAGUGAAGAAGAUCGAAACCGCAUACGUUUCCUGAGACAAUCUGCAUUGAGAAAGAAUCACAAGGAGCUUGUAGGUGGCAGUUCUUUUACCAAAUCUAAAAGCAUUGCUUCAGAUGUUAUGAGAGAUCUGUCUUCUCUAAGUCCAAUGCAAACCCGAGACACCUUGGCUGCUGCUAGUCCAAAGACAACUCUUGCUCUGUCUCAGGAGACAGAGGUUAAAACUAGUGCAGAUAGAGAACCGGUUUCGUCAAAUCUUAUAACCUGGAAGGCUGAAGUAAAGGGUAUAACUGAGAAGAAGAAGAAAAAUCAGCCAUCUUCUUCAGAUGUUUCUUUAAGCAAGAAGCUCCCGGAAGUUAAGAAACUAGAGAGUGUAUCAUUACUGAAGCAAGAAGAUAAAGGCUUGAGAAAACCGGAAAAGAUCGCUAAUAGGAAGCCAAUGCGCCGGAGUUUGUCAGAGACAAACUUGAGCAAUGUUCGGAAAAUGAUUAGCACCUUUGAAGUUAAAGUGACUCAGGAUACAAAUCUUCUGAUGGGGAAGAGUCAAAUUGAAGAUGUGAAGGAAAAGGCUAAGGCGCAGUCACAACCAAAAAGCUCUGCUAAUAUAGAGAAACCAAAAGAAAGGAAGAUAAGUUCUGAUACCACAGAGAUAUGUGAUCAUAUAGUAACAGUUUCAAGAGAGAAAAGGCCACUGGUUAUAGAGCAUAAGAGCCCUGAAGAGAGCGCUAGAAGAAGUGACUCUUUAAGUAAGCAGAGAAUAAAGAGAAGCUCGGUGGUGGAAGUAAGCAAUGAUGAGAAGAAACAGAGCAAACCUGUGCGUUUGAAGGAUUCUCAUCUUGAGAAUGCACGAGGGUCACGUCUCUGGAUAUUUCCUGAUGAGGCAAAGGAUGUGUUACAGAAGAAGACAGAAGAAUCCAAGAAGGCAAACACCGGUGAGAGGGGAUUAAGCUGCAGAAGCAUUGAGAAAAUGAAUAUCAACAACAAGUGGAAGAACAUUGAGAGAUUGAAGAAACAGAAAUCUCAGGCAUCUGCAGAUUCAGAAAGUUCUAGAGGACCUGUUGUACAUGUGAUGCGUGCAUUGAUUGUGGUGGGUUUUGCAGGCUUAGUGUUUUUGACACGGAAAUGAACUUAAACAGGUUUGUGUUCUGCUGAAAAAUGAAGCCUUCUGUAUUUUUUUCCCCUGUUUUCUUGUGAUGGAAGGAACUCAAAAUAGGUUCAUCGUGCUACAAGCUUCAGCCUCAAAUUUAUUUGUCUCCUUUGAUACAUUUUGCAGAUGAGCCAAACCUUCAUUUUGAGAUUAUAAUAUUGGAACAGUUUUUUUUAAAAACAAGACUGUAAAAGAUAUAUCGUUGCACAUAAUAAUAGUUUUCAAUGAUAUGCUUA